GGUUCAGUACUCGGGAUAACUACAAUACGAGUGUUGUGUGCGAUCGAAUCACUAACAAUAUUAUUCCCGAUUAAACAGUUCGAAAGUUUUAUUUGGAAAUGUGUUUCUGUAAAAUUACAUAAUCGAUUCAUUUUUUUAAUUCUCAAAAUUCACAUUUUUCUUUGUGUCUAAAAGAAGUCAUCCUGGAGUCCGGACCGAUUAUUAAAAGACGAAAGUGUGAAGUGGUUCGAGAUGUGGACGGAAUGGAGCCUAAAGAUCUCACUUCAUCCUGCAGGUCUUUAUACACAAGUACACAGAUCAAAAUCAGUAAUUCUCCGGCUACGUCUCCUACCGUAUCACACAACAGCAAUUCACCAUCACCAACACCGGUAGUGCCGACUACCGGUUACAACCACAAAAUCAUUGCUGGCAUACCAUGUGUAGCAGCUGCGUCUAAAUAUACAGCUCCCGUCCACAUAGAUGUCGGCGGUACCAUAUAUACGUCUUCACUGGAUACUCUAACAAAGAAUCCUGAUUCAAAACUGGCGAAAUUGUUCAAUGGUAGUAUACCUAUAGUGUUAGAUUCUCUAAAACAACACUAUUUUAUCGACAGGGAUGGCAAGAUGUUCAGGCAUAUUCUCAACUUUAUGAGAAAUUCGAAGCUUUCGUUACCUGAUAAUUUCACUGACAUUGACCUAUUGCUAGAAGAAGCUAGAUACUUUGAAAUCACUCCUAUGUGUAAACAGUUAGAAAACUUGAAACGAGAUCGGAUUAAAUGCAACCGAACGAACGGUUGGGACUCUAACGGUCCGAGCCGAUCCAACAGCAGCCUCUCAGGCACGAAAGACCAGUACGAGUGCGUGUCCGUUCACGUGAGCCCGGAUCUCGGAGAGCGGGUAAUGUUGUCUGGUGACCACGCGGUUCUGGACGAGGUGUUUCCUGAAACAGGCCACUCGGCACUGGAACCCUCGGCCGGACGUCCGGCCGUGUCUUGGACGCCCGUAGACUCCAGACAUCUGGUCCGGUUCCCGUUAAAUGGAUACUGUAAGCUGAACAGUGUGCAGGCCAUCACCCGAUUGCUGAACGCCGGUUUCACGGUGGCUGCAAGCACGGGCGGCGGCGUACAUGGCCAACAGUUUUCCGAGUAUCUGUUCAUCCGCAAAAUGUCCAAUUGACUAACACUCGUCGGAUAGACCACGUUGGGUAAAAUGACAUCAGAUCAUAAUUUAUAGAUAUAUAUAUAUUACAGUAUACACUAUUAUAAUAUUUACACGCGUUACCCAAAAAGUGUACGUUUAUGUAAUAUGAUAAUACAUGUAUAAUAUAUUGACGAAAUUAGUUGUGUAAUUUUAGAUGAUAUUUAAUUUUUUUUAAGGCUGGUUUACAUGUUGAAAAUAAGUUUACUUUGGCUAUUUUAUAAUAAUAUAUAUGUGCGUUUUGUAUAAAAC